UAGACUACUACCUCGCCUUCUUCAACAUCAACUUCACCCCGCCUAAGAGCACAUUACCCGUAUCAUCAUCCUGACUGGACCCAUCGGCAAUAACUCUGUUCUCGAAUAUAGAGCUGUUUCACAAGACCCUUGGCGUAACCACCGACAGCAUCUCCCAGUCCACAACCCCGGACCUCGGCCCUCGGGCCGCAGCGACAACAAGUUCUUUGCAAAUCUAACUCGGGAUCAGCAUAUUUACUCCUCCCCCCCUCUUCCAUCCACUCCCACUACCGUCAGCAAAAACCUUUGAACCCUUCAAAACCCCACCACCACCCAACGAACUUUGCCCGACCUCCAGACCACCCAAUACCAGAAUACCAGAACACAAAAACACAAAAUGGCGCUUUGCGGGCCCUCGACUGCCCUCGGUUCUCUACAGAAGCACGUCAGUGCCGAUAAAACCUUGCAACAAGAUCGUGUACAGCGACAGGGUUCUUUUCCUAAUGCUUUCAGAACCCAGAACACGGACCCCCGCCUAGAGCACGAAUUCUCACAAUUCUCGAGCUCGGUAGCAGCAGCAAACUUGGAAAUCGCCACGGCGCAUCAUCACCAGCAGCAGCAUCAGCACCUCGGAAACGUGGAUGCGAGCUGGGCGAGUGACUUUCGGCGGUUACAUGUAGGCGCUGGUCCGCCUCUACGGCUGCCGCAUCACCAGCAGCAGCAGCAAUGGGGAGGAGGCUGGCACGAAGAAUUCUUAUCACACCCAACAACAGCGGCAGCAGGGAUAUAUACUACCACACCAGAGCAUGUGCACCCAGACCCUCAACAACUGGCAAUAUUCUCGGGCACUAACACUAGUGCCGGGUUCCCGCGGUAUACACCUAUUUCUCAAAAUCCUUACCACAGUCCCGCCGCUACAACAGCCCCCACUACAAUUACAUCCGUAGAGGAAGACCUGAUAAAUGAAGCCUUCGAAAAAGCCUUUGAGUCUGCAGGAGCUCAGCUCGCCGAACCGAUAGCUACCACCCCCCAACCAACCGUAGCCCCCCCUCCCCAAGCUGUUGUCGAAGAACCCCCGAAACAAGAGGAAAGCAACCAAGACAAAGACUGCGACGACCUAUCCCGCACAGCCGGAAACCUACUAACUUCUCUACAAAACAAUCAGUCGCAGAAGUUCCGCGAGAGCAAUUUCCUCGCGCUGAUGAGGAGGUUGCGAGAUCGGGAGGUGAAGGUUGAGGGGGAUGGGUUGGUCGAGAUUUCUGAUGAUCGUGGAAGGAGAAGUGAUGGGAGUGUGGGAGUAGGGGUAGCAAUAGGAGGGGGUGAAAGCUGGGGAGAUGGUGGCGGCGGAGAGGGCGAUGGGGUAGGAGAUAGAGAGGGGUUCCUAGAGCAUUCUUGGUGGGAUUUGUAGUGCCCUUUGUGCAGCACAAAGUCCGGGGAGGUAUGAGAGGAAUGUGAAAUUGGGGGUGGGGUUGAGAGGGGAGGAUGUAUGGUUGCCAUUACUAUCGUGGGCAAGUUGACACCAGGUGUUUCUGUCUUCAACUCUUUAUAUAAUGAUAGUAUAAUAUGGGUGCAGUUUAGGGGAAACUAGUAAACUUCCUUUUUGGUUA